AAAUUUUACUGCCAGACCGUAGACCGUGCAUGCGUUUGUUGUGAAUGUGCUAGUGCCAGCUGUCUUCCUGUGUCUUCCUUCCUUUAUCGUGGUUGCACUCUUAAAAAUAUCUAACCGGGUUUCAAAGCAACAUAAACAAUGACAGAAAACACAGAGCAAGCAGAAGUCGCUCGUUUUCUCGACACAGAAGUUUCAGAAGAUGGCAAAAAUAAGCACGGUGUCAAGUGUCAACGCUGCCCUUCGGUAAUAUUGAAUGAUGGCACUGGAACUCUCAAAGAAAUUUCAUUUAAGUUGCCGAACAUGAAGAAGAAGGGGGACACAGAAGGUGACACAGAGGAAAUCAGUCAUUUUUGGAUGAUCCCAGACAUGUUCCAGUUUGAAAACGUCGGUUUCUCCAACACAGUGGGCAACGUCAAAUUUCUGGUGUGCGCUGACUGUGAAGUCGGGCCAAUUGGCUGGCACGACCUGGACACCAAGCUGAGCUACGUGGCGUUGAAUCGAGUCAUUUACACGGAAUAGGCAACCAAUGAAACCGAGCUGAUGCGUUUUUCUCUGAUUUAAAAACUAAGACUGAGUUAAGCAUUCGUUUUGAGAGAUGUAAUAAGCAAGUAUGAUGGUUGAGUGUAUGGAAGAUAAAAGAAGAGGCAGGUGGAGAUAAAAAUGACAUUUUUAACAUCACCUUUGAUUACCCUAUCAAUGGUAUUUAUUUUGAUUAAAUCGUCAGGGAUAAAUCUGUAUUAAAAUGGAACUGUAGCUUGUUUUUUAACCUUUAAAUUUUUGCUAUUGAUAAAUAUGUGCACAAUGUUUGUGAAACGAAAUAAAAUUCUUGCACGGGAAAUGCUGAGCAGAGGUUGAAAA